ACUCGGCGAUCUGUUGAUCCUCGCGCGCCGCUCGCGCCGCCACUGUCCCGCGCUCCGUCGGCGAGUGAGUGAGUUUACCUGGAUCUCUCAGAUUACCCGGAUUAACCUGGUCGCUGAGGAUGAUGAUGAAGCUGGAGCUCGCGCUGCUGCUGUGACCCUCGCGCUGCUGCUGUGCUGUGUUGGCUCGCGCUCGCGCUCGCGCUCGUGCUGUGCUCCGCUCCGCUCCAGGCUCGCGCCGGUGAUGAUGGCUCUCGGGCUGCCGUGGCUCGCUCUGAGUCUCGCGGCGCUCACUCAGCUGAGCGCGUGCAAUCCACACACGUGCGCCGUAGUGAGGCGAGAGUUCGUUCAGCGCCACAUGGGAGAGGGCAGGAGCGUGCCGGACGCACCUCGGACAGGUUCAGAUCUGCAGGUGUGCGUGUCCCGGAACCUGACCUGCUGUACGAGGAAGAUGGAGGAGCGCUACCAGUUCACUGCACGGAGGGACAUCCAGAACCUCCUACAGACGUCCAGUUCCAGCCUCAAAGUCCACAUCACACACAGUGUCGCCAGGUUACAAGAGGCGGUGGAGUCAGUGGUGCGUCACGCUCAGAACCAGACGGUGGUGCUCUUGCUGUCCACGUACCGGGACCUGGUGGAACGUGCGGCACCCCAUGUGUCUGAACUCUUCACCGACGUGGGUCUGUAUGUGCUGGGGGCGGAGCUUGGGCUGGAGGAGGCGGUGCAGCGGUUUUUCCACGCCCUCUUCCCGCCGGUGUUUGAGCGGCUGGUGGAGCCGGGCCUGGACCCCCUGGACCCGGCCUACGGAGAGUGCGUGCGCUCGGUGGGCCGCGGCCUGGCGCCGUACGGGAACUAUCCUGUCAUGCUGAGCAAGCAGCUGACCCGUGCCUCGCUCCCCAACCGCGUCCUACUGCAGGCACUGCACCUGGGCGUGGAGGUCAUCAACACCACGGACCACCUGCAGCUCAGCCGCGAGUGCCGCAAGGCGCUGCUGCGCAUGAGCUACUGCCCGCACUGCCAGGCACUGAUCAGCAGCAAGCCCUGCAUGGGAUACUGCCUCAACGUGCUGCGCGGCUGCCUCGCCAGCCUCGCCGAGGUGGAUUCCCACUGGAGGGAGUUUGUGCGCUCUCUAGAGGCUCUGUCCACCCGGAUGAGCAGCGGGACGGAUCUGGAGCGGGCGCUAGCCGCGGUGCCCGACGUCGUCCGAGACGCCAUCGCACGCGCGCACAAGAUCGCCCCCUGGCUGUCCACACAGGUCCGCGGGGCGUGUGGUCACCCCAGCAGGCUGCAGUCCGGUGGGGUCCAGCGGGGGGUCCGAGACUCGCUCCCCCUCCGAGUUUCAGCCAGACCUGCUGAGGAAACGCUCAGCAGCAGGAGACAGGAGUUUGUCGGGGGUCUGCGUCUGUACCGGGCCUUUUACGGUGGUCUGGCUGAUCAGCUGUGUGUGAACGAGCUCGCUUCAGGAGACGGAUUAGCCUGCUGGAACGGAGCCGACGUGGUCAAGAGCUACACUCAGCGGGUGGUGGGCAGUGGGAUAAAGGCCCAGGCGGAGAAUCCGGAGGUCCGAGUUAAGGAGGCAGAUCCGGUCAUCAAUCAAGUGAUCGAUAAACUGAAGCACAUCAAUCAGCUCCUGCAGGGUCGCUCCAUCCCGAAGCUCGGCACGCUAGACCUGAUCGAGACGGGCAGCGGAGACACCGAGGGUCCCUACAGCGGAGACUGUGACGACGAGGACGGCUGCUGGGGGUCUGGGAGCGGUCCAGGGGGGAGGAGAAUCGCCAUCGGGACCACCAAACUGACUUCAGAGAAGAACAUUAACCACAGGAACCAUCCUCCGCACAGUAAAGGCUUUGGCCAGACGAACUCCUCUGGUUCUUCAGGUUCCUCGGGUUCCUCAGUCUUCACAAAUGUCCUGAGUGUCCCACUUGUCCUAACUGCCACAUUUACACUGUUGCUCCUAUCAUUGUAACCCCUGCCCCUAGGGGGUGCCCCAGUCUGAAAACUCAUUUGCCCCCAAUUUUGGAAGAUAGAGACCCUGUGCCACGUUUUCUAACAGCAACGCUGGACAUGUGGGCUAUACUGGUGCUUUCUGUCUUCUGGACAAGGUCAGCCGAGAUGAAUCUGAGGUUAUGGAUGACCGUGCCAGGCGCUAAUGGCCUGAAAAGGAGAAAAAACCUUCUGCACUGGACGUUUUUCCACCACUUACGUAAAAAUGAUCCAACAAAUCUGCUUCUUCUGCCUUCUGUUAAAUUAGCACCUGUGCACUCUUAUAGAUGUUAACGCCGAUGAUGUACCGCGUAUCUAUAAAGCGUAGAUUUUCCAUGGUAACGACUGUAGAGCACUUCGGUCAGCGUUUUUAAAGACGAAGCAAAAUGUUUUGGAGCUCCUAAUCUGCUUUUUGGAUCCUUCUUGGUACCAUGUACCUAGAUUUCUAUAAUCAAACACCACGUUCUACUGACUGUGUAAUGAGCUGUAUGUUAGAUGGUUUUUAUCGGGGGUUCUUUAACAGACUGUAUGGGUUCUGUAUUUAUUCUGGGUUUGUGGUGAGAGGCAUUAAAGUGAUGAUGGUCUGAUGGAUGUAUGGAUGUAUCUGGUCACACCUGGUAAAGGUGAUUUUCUACAGACUGUUUUCUCCUCAGGGGGAUGAUUUUCCUCCAGAACUCCUGUCAUUUAACGGUUUUCUGAACAAAAUCAAAACUAGAUUUUCCUUCAGAAAUGCACAUGUUAACGUUUCUCUAAUAAACAGGCUGUUCCUCAAACCAA